AUGAAAAUUAUCCAUGUAUAUACUGUAUGUGAACGUCAUAAGUGGGUCAUUUGCUGUCUCGAUCCCAUACGCUACAAAGCUUGCAUUAAUUUUGUCGUGUGCAAGUGCGUUGUAAUUACGCCUGGAAAGUUUCUAUCUCUCUCUCUCUUGGUCACCACAGUAGUUCAGUUGGUCACUGGACAACAAGUUUACCUGACACUGGGAUCGGGUCCUCGUAUCACUGCGAACAAUGUGGAUAUCCUCAUCACUGACAUUGGAGAGGAUGCUACUGGUGGACAUCCUUCUCUCACCUGUCACACUGACCUCACUGUCUGCUGUAGAAGUGAUGCUGACAACAAUGGUAAUGGAGGACUGGGAACAGUGGACUUAUCCAAAUGGGAAUUUGAUACUAUAGGCAAUGGUGCCUCAUAUGCUGCUGGAGAGCAGUUCUACAUUAACAGGAAUGCACCUCAGGUCAUCAGACUGCAUCGUAGAGAUUAUAACAACCCCCUCACUCCAACCGGGUCCUACUGUUGUACUGUACCAACUACUGGAGGAGAGACGACCCUUUGUGUCAAUCUAGUGAUUAAGUGUGUAACUCUCUCACUGACCAAUGGGCCUACUCUGAUCCCAGACUGGGUGAGGGCGCCGUGGCUACUCACAGCUACAACCAUAACUACGUUCUGAUUGGAGACACCACACGUACAUGUCAGUUUGACAGCAGAUGGACUUUGUCUGCCCCAUACUGUGCUGACCAAGCCUUGGUUCAGCUAAAGUUUGGACCAACAGACUACUGUUUACAUUGGAGUGUGUGUUAGUGCAUGUGUACGAAUGAAAGAAGACAGUGCAAAUCAUGGUCUACCAUUCUCCCAUUAUAUGGGGACUUUCAAAGGUCAAUAAGAGAAGCAAUGCGGAAAGCCAUCCAAGAAGCUGUCUUAACCGAGGGAAACCAAACCUUUCCCCUGGAGCACAUCUCGGAGGGAGUCUUCAGUUGCUAUGGCAGCAGAAACCACACCACCUACCGUGCCACCAUCACAGGGACAGACAGGCUGAAUGCUAACAAGGUUCUUUCUAUGUCAACAAGUGGGUGGAGUCAACAGUGCUGUCUCUAUUCACAAUUUUACUACAAGCUAGUAGAUCUAGUACAUUGAAAAUCAUGCCUGGAAAGUUGCUUUCUACCACUCUCUUGUUUACCACAAUAGUUCAAUUGGCCACUGGACAACAAGUUAACCUGACUCUGGGAUCUGGUCUUAACAUCACUACUAACAAUACUGAGAUCCUCAUCACUGGCAUUGGCAUUGGCAUUGGAGAAUAUUUUGGAGGAUAUUAUGGUUAUCUUCCCUCUCUCACCUGUCACACUGACCUUGUGACCUGCUGUAGAAAUAGUGACAACAAUGGUAAUGGGGGACUGGGACAGUGGACGUAUCCUAAUGGGGGUGUGAUACUGCAAAAUGGUGGCUCAUUGAGUGCUGGACAUCAAUUCUACGUUGUAAGGGGAGCACCUCAGCUCAUCAGACUAAAUCGUAGAGAUUAUAACAAUCCCCUCACUCCAACCGGAUCCUACUGUUGUACCGUACCAACUACUGGAGGAGUGAUGACCCUAUGUGCCAACCUGGGUAAGUGUGUUGAUUGUUAUUUUAAUGGUAUACGUCAAUGCAGUUGUGUGCUUGUCCCUUCCUCCUCU